AUGCUUUUUGUGACAGGCCUCUUACUGGGGUUGUACAGUCAAGCAAGGGCACAGAACCUUACAAGUGCGCAGAUAUCCGUUAUCAGCCAGCGACUGGCCCAGGGCGCAGUGCACAGUUGGGAGUAUGGAACCCGAGCUGAGGCACUCCUGGAGCUCAAUGCGCCGACAUACUCUGUCGUGUCUUUCAACCCCGUCCCACCUCCACAGAGCAUUCCAUCCAAUCUAACAAGUGCGCUUAGCGAAGUGUUCACGAUUGCACACAACAUCGUCGUCACCCGAAGCUUGUCCAAUAUCACUGGUCCCCAGCCCCUCAUCAAUGAUACGAGCGCAGGAGAUCCAGCAAGUAUCGGUGUUGCUGUGUUACUUGCUAACUGGACGGGGCAGUGGGCAUUGGAUGGACUAGACUAUGCAGGAGCUGCGCGGGACCAACUCGACUACCUGUUCCAAAACGUGUCUAAGACCAGCGAUGGUGCCUUGUCUCACAGAGUGGACCAAUUGCAGCUUUGGAGUGAUUCCGUUUACAUGGUUCCUCCAUUUUUGGCAUAUUACGGCGUCCUGACGGAAAAUCAGACCAUUUUGGUUGAAGCAUACACACAGAUCAGCUUGUACCGAAAAUAUCUUCGAGACACGGCGGCCGGAAAUUUAUGGAAGCAUAUACAACUUGGUCAGACAGGAAAUGACGAUGGGCACUGGUCGACAGGUAAUGCGUGGGCGGCGGCAGGCAUGAUACGGGUCCUUGGGACUAUUCAACGGUCCCCGUACGCGAAUAUGCUUAAGAGUCAACAGACCGACCUUGCCAAUUGGGUGUCAGAGAUUCACGGAGCAAUGUAUACCCACAUUAAUUCCAACGGAUUGUUCUAUAAUUACGCUGAUAACAGUACCACGUUCUAUGAUACCUCGUCGGCUGCGUUACUGGCCAGCACGGUCUAUCGGUUGUCCCUCCUUUCCAACGUCUACACAUACAUCCCCCUCGCUGAACAGGUUCGCAAGGCGCUCUUAGCUACUGCUGGUGCCAUUAUCUCCAUCACCAACACCUCGACGUCACCAGCGCCAAGUACAACAUCCGCACCUCCCGCAACGGGCACGACCACGCCCGGCAUGCUCCACUUGACGUCGGAAGGAUGGCUCACACCCGUUGUGAAUCCAUAUGCUUAUGGCGCGCAGGGUUCUGACAGUCCAGAGGGACAAGCGUUCAUCCUUGAGAUGCAAGCUGCAUGGCGUGACUGGGUUGCAGACGGGGCAAAGGGUGCAAAUAGCGCUCACGAAGCUCGGCCUCAUGUCUCGUUGAUAGGAGCUAUGGUGGCCUUGCCCUGGUUAAUGAUCGUCAUUUGCUAA